AUGAUCGAAUCGAUUCAAGUGAUUGGUUUUCUCUUCUUGCUUGAACAAAACCAUUACGCUCGUAACUUAAUCUCUUCUCUUGUCUCAUUACCAGACGCAUUCAUCGAUGCGGUGGCUAACCAAACCCUUGUUUGUUUAAGUUUAUUAUUCUACAAAGAUUACUACUCAUCAAUGUUCGUAGGUGCGAACAACAACAAUAACAACUAUGAUCAAUCGCUUAUACCUUUGAUCAUACGUGUUACUGGAGGCAGGCUUAGUCUCAAUGUUAUCAACCAAAACCGCAAAAGUUUACUCGAUGGAUUGACAAUCAUUUUAAAUGAUGUCUGUGACCCAGCUUUCGAAGAUCUAUGCGCGAGAGCGGAGAGAUAUAACAAGGAGAAGAUCUUGGCUUUGGAAAGAGAGAAAGCCAUUGAGAAUUUGAAGAAAAUCAGGAGAUUUGGGGAAGUGAUAGAAGAGAUAGUGAUGCAAGAAGUGGAAGAGAAUGAGCAGCCAUUAUAUGCGAGGAUGGUGUUGAAGAUGUGUUAUGUGUCGAAGAUGGAACAGAUUGUGCGUCGAAGAAGUAGAAACAAGUUCACUAUUAAUGGUAAGCAUGUUUGGGCUCGCAAAUAUGUUCGCAAAAACCUAACUUCUUCUGCUUCUCCUCACAUAUCUAAAUCUCUCUCUUAA